AUGCGUUAUAUCUGGGGUUGGGCCUCGCGGAUUUAUCUUUUGAUUCUAGCGUCAACUGUGCUUGCAAAAGAUGACCUAGAUUAUAAUCCACCAACAAAUUUCCGGCCUAGCAAUGUCACAGGUUUGAAUCAGCUUUAUGCUUGGGUUGGAUCUUACUACAACGCGACCUUGGAAAUCGAACUGAAUCCAACAAUCGGAUAUCUCCCAAACUCGACAGUAUGUCCGACUCACAAGAACCGCACCACAACCCUGAAAUGGAAAUCCCUCUUGGCAAUUACACAGCGAGGCACAUACAACUCCGGCAUCAACCCAGUCAAUUCAUGGUUGAUCAUGCUCCCGCCGAACCAAAACAUGUCCGCAAUGCCAGAGGAAACGGAACUGCUUAAAGAAGGGACACCUCUUAUGUUCCCCACUCACUUGGAAGAAGCAGGAGAAUACAACCGUCCGCGAUCAUUUCAACAUACCGCGACGAAAAAUCGUGCCUCUUCCUUUACUCUUUCGGGGGAAAUGCACACCAUCCCACGUCCCUAUGACGGAAGCGCAUCCUGGCCUUUGAGAAUCGAUAUGCCCGCGUGCAACACCUCCCAGCAGUACGACAAUUGGAGUAUGCGGGUUCUCGAGGCAAUGUGGUGGAACUCGCAAGAGUGGGACGAGUUCGUUCAACCAAAUGUGACGGUAGAUUUCGAUGCCCACAACGCAAAUCUGACCCUAGAUGGGGAUUUCUUUGCGUCUCCAUACAUUCGAUCGAACAAUUCUGGCUAUACGGAGACUGGCAUGACUUCUAGUGACGAUGCUCUCCAGGGCACCGUUCAAAUUCGCUUCAGGGGUGUUUUGGACACUUAUAAUUCGGAUAUCCUCGACGUCAAUUCGACGACCCCUGCGUGGCUACGGACUGUCGGGUUUGGAAAUAAUUCGUUGAUUAUCGGGAAUUCACCGAAUCGUGCGGGUAGUCUCCGAUCUGCUCUGUGGAGUGCUCUUGGCGUUCCUUUCCUUGUUGCAAUUAUUGUGCAUAUAUAG